UCAAAGGCAACGCACGUGUGGAAAUCGGUUUCGGUAUUGUCGCAAUCGCCGCGCUAAAGAUCUAUUCCCAUCCGUGUUGGCAUAAACAAUUCACGCUUUCCGGGUCGCCAGCUGCAGCAAAGAGCAUCAGAAUCUCGGCAAGAUGACGGACGAAGUGCCCGCGAAAGGCAGCAUAUUGGGCAAACUUGUGCCCGCCCGCUAUGUCUUGGCCCUCCUGGGAUCCAUUGGCAUGGCCAUUGUCUAUGGCCUGAAGGUAAAUCUGAGCGUGGCCAUGGUGGCCAUGCUUAACCACACGGCCAUAAAGGGUCACCACGACGCAGGACAUGGCGCCGCCACCGUGACGCUCUCGAAUGCCAGCCAAGUAACGCUGGUGGAGGAGUGCCACCCGCCAGGAGGAGCCAGUAAUGCAACGGGAAAGGGCGAUGACGGGCCCUUUGACUGGAGCGAACCCCUGCAGGGCACCCUGCUGAGUUGCUACUUCUGGGGCUAUUUGGUCUCCCAGAUUCCGCUGGCCCACGUGGCCGAGAACUUCUCCGCCAAGUGGGUGAUGCUCUUCUCGGUGGCCAUCAAUGUGGUGUGCACCCUGCUGACUCCCGUUUUCACCAACCUGCACUUCGGUGGCCUGAUCCUGAUGCGAGUGCUUGAGGGCGUUGGAGGUGGAGCUUCCUUCCCGGCCAUGCAUGUGAUGAUCGCCUCCUGGGCACCGCCUACUGAGCGGAUGGUCAUGUCCACCAUUAUUUAUGUGGGCACAUCGGCGGGCACUGCUCUUUCAAUCCUCCUGGCCGGCGUCUUGUCUUCCCAGUGGGGCUGGGAGUCGGUAUUCUAUGUGAUGGGUGGUCUCAGCUGCAUCUGGAUGCUGCUCUGGAUCAUCUUGGUGCAGGACAAUCCCAACAAGCAGCGCUUUAUCAGCCCCGAGGAGCGUCACAUGAUCACCAGCUCGCUGGGCACGGAGUCCAAGGUGGAGCAUCAUCCACCGGUGCCAUGGGCCAAGGUCUUCAAAUCGGUACCCUUCUGGGCCAUCCUGAUCGCGCAUACCUGUAGCAACUUCGGCUGGUACAUGUUCCUCAUCGAGAUUCCCUUCUACAUGAAGCAGGUGCUCAAGUUCAAUGUGGCCAGCAAUGCGGCGCUCAGUGCUCUCCCCUACUUCCCCAUGAUCAUCUUCAGUAUUGUCCUCGGCAAGCUCUUGGACACGCUGCAGGCUAAGGGCAAAAUCAGCACCACCUUUGCCCGCAAGACCGCGACCUCGAUAUGUACUUUGAUCCCGGGAGUCUGUCUGCUGGUUCUCUGCUACAUUGGCUGCCGUCACUAUGAGGCUGUGACAGUUAUGUCCGUCGGAAUCGUGGCUAUGGGCGCUAUGUUCUCUGGUUUCCUGUCCAAUCACAUCGAUAUUGCCCCCAACUUUGCCGGCACUCUGGUGGCACUGACCAACACGGCGGCUACGUUGCCAGGAAUCGUGGUGCCUCUCUUUGUGGGAUUCGUUACCAAGGGAAACCAAAACAUCGGAGCCUGGCGCAUCAUCUUCGGCGUUACCAUUGUUUUGUUUGCACUGGAGUUCCUGGUUUUCGUCAUCUUUGGAUCUGGCAGUGAGCAGUCGUGGAACAAAUCGGGUUCCCCCAAGGAUCCCGAGGCCAAGGAUGAGAAGACCCCACUGAAGGACAUACCCGCCAAGCCCUAAGUCCACAAUCUCGCUUUGAUUACACUGUCUCAAUUACUCGAUGAACUGCAGCUUACUCAGAUGACUCUUGGACAAACUCUGGGCUUGCACAAAAUGGAAUGGUCGACACUGGACUGUAAAUACCAAUUACAAAUGAUAGUUUUUAGUUUGCUGUAACCCUAAGUAACCGUAUACCUCUACGGAUAAUCACUUCAGCCCGCCUAAUGUACUUAACACUCUUGAUUUCAAAAGUUGUCUACAAAUAAAGCGAUGUCUUAGUGGAA